AUGGUCUGUCUGUACAAUUGCAGAAUAAAGGUACCAAAAGGCAGCAACGUGAGAGAAGAAGCCAAAAUCCACAGUCAGGAAGAAACACUGUGGAAUAUACGGAGUAUAUUUGGCUUACCACAAUACAAACAUUUGACUCUGAGAUUCUACCCUAAUCAUGGAAUAAAGAUGAGCAUCUUGAAGCAACAUGGCAACCAGGAGAAGCCCAUUUUGCCUUUCUCAGUUGAAGAGAUCUUAAAAAAACCAUCCACAGAGACCAGCCUGCAUAAUAGAAUGAUUUGCAGCAGCCAAGCUGAGUCUGAUGAACUCCUCAGAUCGGAAGCACUCUUGGAAAUGUCUAAGAAUGAGAAGAAAGGAAAGCGCCGUAUCAGGACUACAUUCACAGCAGAGCAGCUGCAGGAACUAGAGAGCAUCUUCCAAGUCACACACUACCCAGACGUCAACACGCGCAAUCAGCUGGCAGCAAAGAUCAACCUUCCAGAAGCCAGGGUCCAGAUCUGGUUCCAGAAUCAGCGGGCAAAGUGGAGGAAACAUGAACGAUUUGGUAAUUCAGGGGGCCUUCAGCAUUUAACAGAAGUUGAUUUGCUGCCUGCCCAAAAGGCAGCUGUAGGAAGUCCUGUCCUGAUGCCCAGCAGCCUUUCUCAUGUUGGUAUCCUUACAUGGCCCUUCUCACCAAUCCAAGGGCAUGUGACAUCCUCCUGGCUGCCACACAUGGUGCCCUGUGUCCCCUUGCACAUGGGCCCUGUGAUGCUCUCAAAGCCUUACCUGCUCUUCGACUGCCUCCCUCCAUAUAGCUUCCCACCUCUACCCCUGAAAACAGCUUGGAGGCAUAUCAGUGCCAAUCCCACAUAG